GCCCGGCUGACGGACAGACGGAUAGUUGCUGCCGAUUCCUCAUCAUUAUUCCUCUGAGUAGGAGUUAGACUCUUCUGGAAGAUGACUACGUUCAAGACACUGGCAAGACUGGAAGGAGUUUACAGAAAUGCCCAUGCAGCCUGCAGGGUUCAUUUAAACGGCACCUCUCAGUCUCUCAAGCUGUGUUUUUCCCAGCUGCUUGGCUGUUUCUUCUCCAGCUCCACAAAGAGACCAGUGCAAUUCUAUAGUGAUCCAGUGGAGGCGGUCAAGGACAUUCCAGAUGGUUCCACAUUGCUUGUGGGAGGUUUUGGAUUGUGUGGCAUCCCUGAGAACCUGAUAAACAGCUUAAUGAAGACUGGGGUGAAACACCUCACAGCUGUUAGUAACAAUGCGGGUGUGGAUAACUUUGGACUGGGCCUGCUUCUGAGGACCAAGCAGAUAAAGCGUAUGGUGUCAUCCUACGUGGGAGAGAACAUGGAGUUUGAGAGGCAGUACUUGGCUGGAGAGCUGGAAGUGGAACUGACACCGCAGGGCACUUUGGCGGAGAGGAUCCGAGCUGGAGGGGCCGGCGUUCCUGCCUUCUUCACGCCCACAGGUUAUGGAACCCUGAUUCAGGAAGGAGGCUCACCCAUCAAAUACAACAAAGAUGGCACUGUGGCUAUCGCAAGCAAAGAACGGGAGGUCCGCGAAUUCGAAGGCCGCUUUUACGUCAUGGAGAGAGCCAUCAGGGGGGACUUUGCACUGGUUAAAGCCUGGAAGGCAGACAAAGCUGGAAACAUUAUUUUCAGGAAAACAGCGAGAAACUUCAAUCAGCCAAUGUGUAAAGCAGCUAAAGUCACAAUUAUUGAGGUGGAGGAAGUGGUGGAUGUUGGGGAUUUUGCAGCAGAAAAUGUUCACAUACCCAGCAUCUACGUGGAUAGGAUUGUGACUGGGGGCAGCUACGAGAAGAGGAUAGAGAAGCGUAUUGUUAAGAAGGAUCAGGUUGCACCCAAGCCCAAGAAUGAGUCGGACCUGGUACGCGAGCGCAUCAUCCGGAGGGCAGCGCUCGAAUUCGAGGACGGCAUGUAUGCUAACCUUGGCAUUGGGAUUCCCAUGCUGGCCAGCAAUUUCAUUAGCCCAGAUAUCACAGUACAUCUGCAGAGUGAGAAUGGGAUUCUGGGAUUGGGUCCUUACCCCACAGAAGAACAAGUGGACGCAGACCUCAUCAAUGCUGGGAAAGAAACAGUCACCGUCCUGGCUGGAGCGUCCUACUUCUCCAGUGACGAGUCCUUCUCCAUGAUCAGAGGGGGGCAUGUCAACCUCACCAUGCUGGGCGCCAUGCAGGUGUCGCGCUACGGUGACCUGGCCAACUGGAUGAUCCCGGGUAAGAUGGUGAAGGGCAUGGGCGGGGCUAUGGACUUAGUAGCAAGUGCUGGUACCAAAGUGGUUGUCACCAUGGAACACUCUGCUAAGGGUGGGAAGCACAAAAUCCUGGAAAAGUGCAGCUUGCCACUCACAGGGAAGCAGUGUGUGGACCGGAUCAUUACAGAGAAGGCCGUCUUUGAUGUGGACAAAAACAGUGGCCUGACCCUCAUUGAGCUGUGGGAGGGGCUAAAAGUGGAUGAAGUCAGGAAAUGUACCGGCGUAGACUUUGCGGUAUCUCCAAACCUGGGGCCAAUGAAGCAGAUUUAAAUGCCGAAACUGAGCCGAGCAACUUGAAGACUCACUACGGGAGUGAGGACGUCACCACUGGCACUGGAGCUCCAAUGAACCUCAGCUGCCCCAUGUGAGAGUCACUGCAUUAGGGAUGAGAGUCACUGCAUUAGGGAGGCUGCACAGUGCUGAGACAUACACAGGAAACCCACUCAGCUCAGCUCCUGACACAAUGCACCCCUCCCUGCACAAAAAUAUGAUACAUAAUGAAAUUAGCUGUUUUAUCUGAGUUUUGGAAUUAGGUUUCCAUGCGGCCUGUAGCUGUGUGUUUGUGAACAGAUUCUCAGCAGUAAAAUACUAAGAUUAUACAGAUAAUCUAGUUUCUUCUCCAGACUAUUUUAUGACAUAAAAUACAUUUCACACAUUAAAUGGUGUGACAGUGGUCAGUCUGUAUGUCUCACCUGACACUGACAGCAGCAGUGAAGGACUGGCAUCUAAGCACAGGAAAAAUAUCCUUCCCAUCUCUGUUGCACUGCAUGCCCCCUGCUGACCCUGUACAUAACUCACCUAAACACCAUGCACAUUGGCUUACAGGCAUUACAUACCUUUUGUAUUUUUUAAAUAUUACGUGUAUUUCCUGACUGUUAAAAAUUCCAAAUUCAAGCUUAUUAAAUUGAAUUGUCUUUGUAUAUUGAGCAGACGAUGUUUCACAUAUGAAUCUGAUUCAUUAAAUGCAUAAUUGUUAGCCUAAAAGAUCAUUUUUUUGUCUUUUCUCAUCCAGUGUGUUUAAUAACUUGUUUACAUAAAAUAACAGUAAAGUAACAUUAUUUCCAGAAAAGAACAGGAGAAACCGAUCCUGGGCUCAGUGAAACUGCCAUAUAUGCGAAUUAAUCAGCAAAUGAAAUUAAAAAAAAACUCUGAA